ACGCGCCGUGGCCGGGAGGCACGACCCUCUCUAGUAGAGCAUGGCAAAUGCUUGGAGCUUGACAUCUCUUCAUCUUGCUAUCUUACUGACAGCAUGCGAUCAGCUCGUUUCGAUGGCAGCUACAGUAACAGUCAGACUGAGAGAUGCAGCUCGUGUACCAGCUGGUGCCACGCCCAUUUUUGUCUGUACACCAACUGAUCCUAACAGCAACAACCAGCCUGUCAUUACAAAAUGGACUAAAGGACCUGCUCUAACUUUAUCAGACAAUGACAAACGAUACCACGUGUACAACAAGAACAGAAAUCUUGCAAUCUUUUCGAUAACAAAGUCUGGAGAAGGAUGGUACUAUUGUCAUGCACGAACGACUUCAGGCCAAACAAUAAGUGGAAAGGCAUACAUCUAUGUUAUAGUGGAGCCGACGGUAAUGUCACGUAGUGCAACUGUGUUGGUGGCUGGAACUGCUACUGUUGGAUGUUACGGUUCUGACUAUUUUGCAAUGACUUGGAAAUUCAAGGGGCUGAUGGUAUCAGAUGGUCCUCGGCAUGCGUUACGAGGUGAUAACCUCACCAUCAGUCAAGUUCAACGAUCAGACAGUGGAACGUAUGAGUGCAUAGCAUCCAAUGAGAAGUACCGUGUGUCAGCAUUUGCUACUCUUACUGUAGAAUAUGCACCAGUGAUUGCAAACAGUCCUGAAAAUGUUGACAUUCCAGCAGGUUAUGAUGCACAGUUUCAGUGUAAUGUUAGUGGGCAACCAAACCCUAUAGUGUCGUGGCAACACAAUGGCAAAAACCUCAAUCGUGUUUUGCUUCGUUAUCGAGUUAGAGAAGUAGGUGGUGUUCACACACUGACAAUUAAGAGUGUAAUGAAAGCAGACAAUGGACAAUACACUUGCUCAGUAACCAAUACGUAUGGGACGGUGAGGAGUUCUGCAGAGUUAACAGUUGAUUCAUCAAUUGUACACAAGACGAUUGUUUACGGUCAAAAUGAUACUUUGGGACCCAAAGCAGUAGGAACCGACAACUUCAUAGUUCAUUGGACCAAAGAUGGCAAUGCAAUAAACUACAAAGAGAACAGCAGAAUAAUCAAGAACACUGAUGGAACGUUGCUCAUCACCAAAGCUGAUUAUGUCGAUGCUGGUGAAUAUGAGUGGAUCGCCAAGUCUGGUGCUGAUCGAUUUGAUCAGCGGAUUAAUGUAACUGUAGAAGGUCCACCAUUUGCACCAAGGAGUGUCAUUGUCACAGUCAGUGGAGACGCUUUAGAGAAAACAUUCAAGUUCUCUGCUGUCGGUAAAAUAGUUGUCAACUGGACCAAACCGGAGUUUGAUGGAAAUACCCAACUAACUGGAUACGAAAUCAACUGUCGUCUAGUUGGAGCAGCAACAUGGACAAUCAUGCCUGUCAGUAUAGACAAACACUCAGAAACAAUGCCCUGCCUAACUGCUGUAGGUGACUAUGAAAUUAUUGUAUUUGCUUUGAAUCAUCAUGGACGAAACGGGUCACAAUCUCGGAUACUCAACUUUUUUCAUCCUACCAACAGUAUUAGUGACCCCACAAUAUCAACAACUGAAUCAGCACGUAGUUUAGAGAAUAUUGGAGAUGAUUUAAACAACGAGGGAAACAAUAGUUUCGAAUACGAACUUGUCGGUGUCCUAUUCGGCACAUUGUUUUUCUUUGUUUCUAUUGUCUUUGUAAUCAUCUACAAGAUGAAAAGACGUCGGCAUGUGGUGAUGUACGGUCACAAUGAGAACGGAUGUGAGCAGACAGAUGAAGGGGUGAACAGCAAUCAGCGAAGAACACCACCUCCAAUACCACCAAAACCUGCAGUAUAUGCCAACAUAGAGAACUACAGGCGGCCUCCAACACACUUGCCGUCUGUCCCACGAAGAUUAAGCACACAGUCUACUCGUGCUCUACUACGCAGCAACUCUGACACCUCAGAAUCUAUCCAAACAUCGUCACCAUCCUCAAUCGAUAUCGAAUCAUACACAAUCACAUUCAACAACACCACAGCCUCCACCACUCCAACAACCACCGACAACUUAUUUACAGAUACGAUCAACAACAACUCAUAUCAACAUGCGAUGGAAUCUGUUCAAGAAAUUGAGCAGGAAAGCGACCAACAAGACGACAACCAGGACGACAUGACUGACCAAAUGGCUAACCAAAUGAGUGACCAAAUGAGUGACCAAAUGGCUGAGCAAACGAGUGACCAAAUGGCUGACCAAAUGAGUGACCAGAUGGCCGAGCAAACAAGUGAUGUGAUUUUUGAUGUUGACGUUGUGAAUGUUGUAAGUAUGAGCAGGAGGAUUUGUUCAGAAUUUGGGUCUCUCUCAUCGUCUCAUGAAAGCGUCGACUGAUCGACCUGCAGAUUGCUUCCAAUACAUUAGGCUGGUUACCUACCUUCAGGCAUCUCCUAAUAUAUUAUUUCCUAAUAUAUUAUUUCCUAAUGUAAUUAUUUCCUAAUAUAAUUAUUUUUGCCUUUUAAUGUAGAUACGUCCAUUUUUAAUUUAUGUAAAUAUUUAGUUGAGUUUAUUCUUUGUGUGGGCGUGCCCACUUUUUUAGUGUGGGUGUAUUGUAUUGUACAUACAGUGUAUACGAAUUAGUCAAGUUGAUUGUUAGAUAUUGAAGUUGGUGAUUGACGUAAAAUCUAAUGUAGCAGUUGUUGCUAUUUGGUAAAUGCAUUGAUUGCAGUUGUGACGUUUUUCUUGUUGCGAGAAUGUUAGGAAUUGGGUUGAUAUCUAUUGUGUUGAUAUCUAUUAAUUUGUAAUUAAUUGAA